CCUCAGCUUUGGGAAGCCCCAAACGCGGGCGGAGCAAGAGCCACCGCUGCGGGUGGAGCUUGUGGCCACCGGAUCCCAGGGCCAAUCGCGCGGUGGCGGGGGAGGAGCCCCGGAGGGGGAAAAAGAAAGUGCGGCGGAAAGUAAGAGGCUAGUCGGAGAAGGCUGCCAGGAUCUGGCUCUCCCUGGGUUUGGCUUGGACCAGGGCACAGAAAGAGGCAGUGGCGGGUCACCCUGCACCCAUCCCGUUGUUGUCGCCGAGCCUGCUCAGCUGGCCCAGGAAGGAUGGGACUUCUGUGGUGUUUGAUGAGUCUGUCCUUCUUUGGGAUCCUGCAGAGUCAUGCCUCAGAACGCUGUGAUGACUGGGGACUAGAUACCAUGCGACAAAUCCAAGUGUUUGAAGAUGAGCCAGCACGUAUCAAGUGCCCCCUCUUUGAGCACUUCCUGAAGUACAACUACAGCACAGCCCAUUCCUCAGGCCUGACCCUCAUCUGGUACUGGACCAGGCAAGACCGCGACCUGGAGGAGCCCAUCAACUUCCGCCUCCCAGAGAAUCGCAUCAGUAAGGAGAAAGAUGCGCUCUGGUUCCGGCCCACCCUCCUCAAUGACACGGGCAAUUACACCUGCAUGUUGAGGAACACAACGUACUGCAGCAAAGUCGCCUUUCCCCUGGAAGUCGUGCAGAAGGGCGCCUGCUUCAAUUCCACUAUGAGACUCGCCGUGCAUAGACUGUAUAUUGAACAGGGUAUUCAUAAGAUAUCAUGCCCUAAUGUAGAUGGGUACUUUCCUUCCAGUGUCAAGCCAACCGUCACUUGGUAUAAGGAAUGUACUAAAGUAGUGGAUUUUCAUAAUGUGGUACCUGAAGGAAUGGACCUGAGCUUUUUUAUCCCCUUGGUUUCAAAUAAUGGACAGUACACGUGCGUUGUGACAUACCCCGAAAAUGGACGCGUCUUUCACCUCACCAGGACUGUGAUUGUGAAGGUGGUAGGCUCGCCAAAAGAUGCAUUACCACCCCGGAUCUAUUCUCCGAAUGACCGCAUUGUCUACGAGAAAGAACCAGGAGAGGAGCUUGUCAUUCCCUGUAAAGUCUAUUUCAGUUUUAUUAUGGACUCCCACAAUGAGGUUUGGUGGACCGUUGAUGGAAAGAAGCCUGAUGACGUCACUGUUGACAUAACUAUUAAUGAAAGUAUAAGUUAUUCUACAACAGAAGAUGAAACAAGGACUCAGACUUUGAGUAUCAAGAAAGUCACCCCUGAGGAUCUCAGGCGCAACUAUGUCUGUCAUGCUCGAAAUACCAAAGGGGAAGCUGAGCGAGCCGCCAAGGUGAAACAGAAAGUCAUCCCACCAAAGUACACAGUGGAACUCGCCUGCGGUUUUGGAGCCACGGUCUUUCUAGUGGUUGUUCUCAUCGUGGUCUACCAUGUUUACUGGCUAGAGAUGGUCCUCUUUUACCGGGCUCAUUUUGGAACAGAUGAAACCAUUCUUGAUGGAAAGGAGUAUGAUAUUUACGUUUCUUAUGCAAGAAAUGCUGAGGAAGAGGAAUUUGUGCUACUUACCCUCCGUGGAGUUUUGGAGAAUGAAUUUGGAUAUAAGCUGUGCAUCUUCGACAGAGACAGCCUGCCUGGGGGAAAUACGGUGGAAGCAGUGUUUGAUUUCAUUCAGCGGAGCCGAAGGAUGAUCGUCGUCCUGAGCCCAGACUAUGUGACAGAGAAGAGCAUCAGCAUGCUGGAGUUUAAGCUGGGUGUCAUGUGCCAGAACUCCAUUGCCACCAAGCUCAUUGUAGUAGAGUACCGUCCCCUCGAGCAUCCCCACCCAGGCAUCCUGCAGCUGAAGGAGUCUGUGUCCUUUGUGAGCUGGAAGGGAGAGAAGUCCAAACAUUCUGGCUCCAAGUUCUGGAAGGCCUUGCGCUUGGCUCUUCCCCUGAGAAGUCUGAGCGCCAGCUCCGGCUGGAAUGAGAGCUGUUCUUCUCAGUCUGACAUCAGUCUGGAUCACGUUCAGAGGAGAAGUCGUUUGAAAGAGCCCCCAGAACUCCGGAGCUCAGAGAGAGUGUCUGGAGGAGUGCCAACCCCAGGCACCAUGUCCAAGCACCGAGGAAAGCCCUCCUCGGCAGCCUGCCGCUGCUGUGUCACCUACUGUGAAGGAGAAAGUCACCUCAGGAGCAAGAGCCGGGCAGAGAUGCACGCCCAACCCCAGUGGGAAACACACCUCUGUAAGCCUGCUCUCCAAGAGUCCGAAAGUCAGUGGAUACAAAACGGCCCCAGACCUGAACCCACGCCCCAGAUCUCAGCUCUUGCGCUGCGCCAUUUUACAGAUUUAUCCAAUAACAAUGACUUUUAUAUCCUAUAAUCACUUUACGUGGAGGGUGGUGGCUGCUAUCCCUACCAACUCUCUUUGGGUCACAAAUCUUUGGGAAUAACUGACAUUUUUUUUUGUCAUCUGAUAGACUAUCAGAUUUGUGUCCCCUUUAUUGAUUUUUUAAAAACUAUUUAUUUCUAGGAGACAAAAGACCUGAAGCACCUGCAUCCAGUUAUUGCCUCUAACGGCCUUGGAAGGGCACACUCUUCUCGGGCCCUAGAAGGCUCUGAUUUUCUCCAGUCAAGGAGGACUACAAAUCAUCCAUUUAACAAAGUGUUUGCAGGCAAUAGCUGAAAAUGAAGGGCCUGGUUAGCCCUUGGAAUUGUCUCAGCACAAGCAAAGAAUCGAAUAGAGUGGUUGGUAGAGUGUGUUUGUAACCUGUGAACUAUCUAACACUGUUCUUUGGAGCGCGGUGGGAGUGUUCCAGCCAUUGUCUCUAUUAGAGUAAGAUAAACUAUGCUGAGAUAAUAUUUCAAUAACUUCCUAUCACCCAUCUCAUUUUUGCUGAUGCUAAAGGUCCAGCAUAGGGGCUUGCGGUUGUGUGUCCUUGCCAUGUGAAAUGUGUAGCUUGCAGUUGUCCUAUACUUGAGCUUAAAUCGACACUCCUUAUUUUCUUUUCCUUAUAUUUUGUUAGCUAGAGUUAUCUCUGGGGUUCUGAUGCAGUCAUAG